CAUAACAACCCAACACACUACAUGGACGUCGUUGAACGAUCAGCGAAACUAUCAUGCAUUACCGAUUCAAUACUUUGGGUGAAAGUAGAUAAUAGGUCGCAGGGUAUGAUCACGACACCUGCCUAAAAUUGACCAUCUAAAUGACAUAAAGGGUGUCAAACCAAAGUGCAUCAGAAGACUUAAUUUAGGAGAUAAGUCGCCGACUGCGAUGCCGUCGCCAACCUCGGUCUCCUUAAGCCCUCUGCGAGUCAAAGACCGCCCCCUGGAACCAUGUGAACCAGACGGGAGAAAGAAGCCCCAGCAGAGUCCCUCCAAACUCCCCGAGGACAAACACUUCCUCCUGCACACAGCUGGCCAGGAGCACCAUCGAGAAGAGACGCGUCGCUACCUGGCGCUGCCGGUCCAUGAGAAGCUGUCCUACAUGGGGCGCAUGAAGGCCUCCCAGAGGGAGAUGAGGAAGGAGCUGGAGCCAGAGCAGGAGCAGGAGCAGGAGGGGGGCGACAGCCUGGCCCUGGGCAACCCGGCAAUGAGAAUGGCCAUGAUCAGACGAAGAAACAUAAAGAAAGAGAGCAUGCAGGAGUUCCUGUACAAGAGGCGGGAGUUGUUUCGGCAGGAAUACUCUGUGAUGGUGAAGCGGGCUGAGAUCCAGAGGCUGGAGGAGGCCCACUGCCUGGAGGAGCAGCGGAUGCAGAAGGCCGAGCAGCUGCUGGAGCAGGACCAGCUCCUGUUUGAGAAGUUCCUGAAGGAGAACAACCAGAACUCGGUGGAAGCCAUUCAGAUUGCUGAAAAAGAGACCAAGUGCAAACUGGAGAAGAUGGCUGAGAUCAAGAAAUUUACAACGGAAAUGCUCUCAAUUAAAAGUGACAUCUCAAAGAAGGAGGAGAAGCUGAAGGAGUAUCAGAUGUACAAGGACUUCCUGUUCAAGCUGUCCCCUCCGGACUGGAGGGAGGCCCAGCAGGCCAAGACCCAGCAGGCCAAAGACCUGCACGCCAAGGCCCACGAAGCCAAAGGCCUGCUAGGCAAGGCUGGCCUAGCCACUGCCCAGCCAGCCAAGGCCCGGUCAGGCAAAGCCAAGCCAGCGAAGGCCCAGCCACACAGGGCAAAGGCAACACAGGUGGACCGAGACACGGCUGCCGACCAGGACCAAGGAAAGGAUCCAGAGAGCAAGGGAGGAGGGACAAAGCAUGAGGGUUCCCCAAGGAAAGUGUCCGCUCAUGGUCCAAAGCUCCCGCCCAUCAGAGACCCCAAGCACCGGUCCUCAGCCAUGAGCACCGCCAGACAGACACCUGAAUCCAACCCCAGCUCUGAUGGCUCUGACUAUGAGGAGGAGCCAGAGCUGUACUUCACAGAGCCGGAGCAGCUCCUGGACCUGCUGACGGAGCUGGAGGAGCAGAACCUCACGCUGAUCCAGAACUCCAGAGAGACCGAGGAGGACCUGGAGGACCUCCAGCGCACCACGGCCACGAGCAAGAAGAAGACGGAGAGGGACACGGAGCAGCUGAGAGCCCAGAUAGACAUCAUAUCCCAGACCAUCACCGCAGAGAAGGAGCAAGCCGCAGAGCUGGAGCUGAAGGCCCGCCUCUACAACUUUGGGAAAUGUAAAUCAGUGGAAGAGGACCUGAUGCUGGAGGCCCUCGGCCGCAAGGUGGAGGAGGUGUACCGCUGCUGUGUGGGCGAUAUACAGGCCAACCUCACCACCAUCCAGAUGCUGGCAGUCAUCGAGAGCCACCUGCUGCAGCUCCUUGAGAACAUGGAGAACAUACCCCGGGACACCUUGGACCAGGUGGAGAAGAUGAAGGACCGGGAGAGGAGGAUGAGGCAACGCGUGCAGAAGCUCGAGCAGCAGAAGGAGCACCAGGAGGACCGACUGAAGAAGGCCAUGGAGAGGACUCAGGCCAACAGCAGGAAAACAAAUAACAGACGGCUGAUGCCCAGAUCCAAGCCUGUUACAGCAAAGAUCAAGUUCAACAACGUGAACAACAGCUCGGAACAGGACGAGCUGCACGCCUACUUCUUCACCUGAAGAAGCAUAGCCUUAGUAGUAGCCUUAGGUAUAUCCUACACUAAUAAAAUGAUUAGAUGCAUGUGUAUAUUAAAGAAUCUGGCUUUUCCCUUUUACAAUGUCAAGCAAGUCAAGCUGAAGGUCUGGCAAAUCCCUUGUUAAAAGUGGUUAUAGAAUGCCAUACGGUACGAGAUUGAUUCGCCCUAACAAGCCGUUUUGUGUUUUAGUGAUGAGUGGGAGUGUCCACCUAGAUGUAUGAUGGAUAGAUGAGCAUAAUUUGCUUCAGAUUUUGAACGGCUUGAAAUGGCUAAACAACACUAACACUUUUGGGCCUAAUAUAACCCCUUAAAAAAAAAAAAGGUACUGCAGCUAAGAUCUUACAUCUAAUGUUUGAGUCACUUAUUAGAAAUUCCCUAGCCAUCCAGUUUUAGAAAUGCAUUGAGAAUAUUUGUUUUGAGUUGACCUUGCCUGCAUCUUAAUCCUUGAUGCCAAUUCUUGUCGGGUUAAACAUGGUCUGGAAUAACAAUACAUUUUGCUUUCGCAUGUCAAUUGCAAGAAGAAUCGUUACUAAUGAAAAAUAAAUUUUGAGAUCGGCAAA